AUGGCGGCUUCGUGCUCAUCUGACGCCAUUGGGCCAAAGGAGGACAGCUCAGCCACUGCAGACGAGUCGGCACAGGCACAGGCAGCCCAUCCCCUCAGCGAUGAUGAGGAGAUCAAACCUGAGCUCUCUGCAAUGAUAUCAGACACGGUGAGGUUAUGCUAGGAACACAGCCGAUGCGGCAGGUGGAUUGGCUUCUCACUGUCCUCAAUGUGUGUCAUGCAGCCCGGCCUGCUGGAUUGCGUCAUUGUAUUCUUGUCGCUUCAUCUGCUGGUGUACCUGUCGCGGCACAUGAGGGAGGCCGUCGCACCUCACCACACACGGCUCGUCAUCAGCGCGGCUGACAAGGAGGAAUGGUCCCUCUGGGAGCGCAUCCCAAUCGGCCUCGUCAAGCGGCUGGCAGCGUCCCUCACUCGCCUCACGUCCCUUAUCUUCCGCUACCCCUUUGCCGCCACUCUCUGGUGCUUCGACGUCUUCAUCACGUUCGUCGAAGGCCACGCUGAGGGGCGGCGAACAGCCAACAUGCAGGGAGGGAGUCUGCAGACGAUCGUCUUGGAGUGGGAAGGUUCUCUUUCUUCGGCCAUGUUGGGCCGACUGCAGCGGAGAGAUCCUCCCCUCCCUCCGCCCGCAGUCCCGCCCCCUACCCUUGACGCGCUCACGUCCAUCACAUUACUCGGAGGCGGACAUGGGAUUCUAGCUAAUAGAGAUUGGCGCAUGCCCUCUCUUGCACGAGUGGGGCAGACGGGGUGGUCGUACCGCUCGUUGGGCCGCUUCAUCAGCACCUCCCGACGCCUGCAGCACGUCGACGGGGACUUCUCAGAUGGCGACUGGGCGAAGGCCUUUGAGCAUCUGCCUGUGGGCGAUGGGGGACAGCCGGGGCCUCUCAGCCAGCUCAAGAGUAUGGGCAAGAUUUGGCUGUUCAGUGUCGAUGAGACAGAUCGACUGCAGGUGAAUAGAACAUACACAUAGAAACGAGGAGUGCGUGGCACUUGGAACGGUUCGCGCAUCCCCUACCUCAGGCAACGCUCUCGUCACGUGGCUGUCGGAAGGCCCUUCCCGGGCUUCACGUGAGCCUUUCCCUCGCAGCAAUUGACGUGCCGGACCGCACCGUCGCCCGGCUGUGUGCCCUCGAUCGCCUCAUUAACUCCUGCUGUACAUCGCCGGACGUCCCUGUCAGGGUCAGCCAUCUGGACGGCCUCUCACUCAAGCUCGAUCACUUCCACACUGCGCCCUUCCCCUCAAACCCCACCCCCACAUUCAGGAGGACGAUCCAGCAGGUGGUCCAGAAGGCAAGUGGUGUGUAUUUCCACCUCACAGACGGCCCCUUGCCCCCCGCCACAGAGGCGGCAAUCGACCUGGCCCGGACGCUGUCAUUCGACAGCGCCACAGAGGUCGAGGUCGAAGUCUCCGCCAAUGCCACCAUCCCUUCCCAGGACAGCAUGAUCAUCUCGCAUCUGCAGCAACUGCCGCCGCGAGCAGGUCUGCUGUUCCGGCUUUAUUCUGCUCGAGCGGCCCAGCCUGGUGUCGCGGGCGCUGUGGGUGCCAUGAUGGCCGCCAAGAUGCACAAGUAUGUCCAGAACGUCGACUUAGCGGAGUUGCUUGGAGAAGACGCCGUCCGUGUGCUUGAGGGUCUCGGGAGAGACAGGGAGGUGGGCAUCGUGAGGAUAAGAUGGGCCAAUUUGGAGCAGCUGACGAGCACCACUGCGACGCUGCCAGCUAUAGAUGGACUCGCAGUUGUGGGUGAGCCGAGCCAGGGAAGGAAGUGCACCUAGCCUUACCGAUAUCGGAUUCUGUCUGUGUAUGUCCUGUCAGUGGCGCAACACGUGGGGGAUGAGCAGGAGGCUGCCCAUUUCAAUUCAUGCCUCGUGUCGCUCUGCCAGAGUGUACGGGGCCUGAAGCGUGUGGACACGUAUGUCGACGUCACAGAGACGGCUGUGCCAGACGUGGUUGAGCUGCUCGAUCGGGGCACCAAGCUCGGCAGUGACUUCAGCGUCACCGACUUCAGCGUCACCAACCUGCGGCGGGGGCAUGGCACUGUCAAGGUCACUGCCACACGGGACACGAUACCGCAGGUCGGCACGAACGACAGAGAGGAAGAACGAUUUUGGUCGGUGGCUGCUUGUGACUGUGGAUGUUGGUCAGGCUGCUGCUCCUGCUGGUGCUGGUGCUGGUGCUGGUGCUGUGGUUUCCAGGGGUCCACCAGAGAGCCACGAGCAGGCGAGCGCACCUGCUGCUGCCUCAUCGGCAGGCCGUCCACGUGUCGCCGCGGAGAUGGUCGACGACACGGAGCAUUAUGCGCCCUUCCUGACGGAAUGCGCCAGCGCUGCCGAAGAGGUGCAGACAUGUCCUUUGAAUCGCCAUGUCGCUCAUCGGUUGCCGGCUCCUGCUUGCUGGUCGUCACAGGGGCGGAUGCCGCACAUCGCACCCUCGAAUCCUCAGGUACAGACAGACAGACAGGCAGGGAGGCAGACACGCGUGUGAUGGGUGAGAGGAGCACCACGCGUUCAAUUGCGUGACGCUUGCGUGUGUGGCUCGUCAGAGUGGUGGUGGUGCUGUUGCUGUGGUUCCGAAUGGGCCAAGCGGUGCUGCGGUAGGUGACUUCGUAUUGACACAUAUGAUACGCUUAUGUAUGCCAUCGUUGUCAGGUCGCUCUCUCGUCCAUCACCUCUGCUGCGUCGCCGCCCCUCACCAGCCGCGCCAUGAGGCCCAUGCUGCUGCCGUCGAUGCCCCACCCACCCCCUCGCCCCCACACCGCCAUGACGACAUUCAUGGUGAUGGCCAACUAUCCCUCGCCAGCUCCCAUGAUCCCACCAUACGCCCGUCCGCCCCUCCCCGCGUCCCUCCCUGGUGGCACAGCUGCUCCACAGGCGCACCAUCAGGUCCCCUUCCCGCCACCUUCAGCAGCCCCAGCGAUCAGGGGACCUCCAGGUGCACCGCCGACCAUACCAUGGUGGUACCAGCCACACGGAGGAAUCCCGCCAAACGCACACGGGCAGCCACGGCAGCCGCCACGAGGCAGACAGCAGGAGGGGCGGGGCAAUAGCUGGAUGGGUGAUUGAACGGCAGUGUGGACGGAUGGAUGGAUGGAUGGACUGGAGACGGUUUUCGGGGCGUGUGAGAAUGCAG